CGCCAAUAAGUACAACAAUGUCUCAACAUUCGCCUCCCAUCUCAGGUCGUAAUCACUCGAGAAAUACUGGGUCCGGUUCUUCCAAUGGAUCAGCCAAUGGACAAACAGCGAGACGACCAAAGUGUGCCCGUUGUCGCAAUCACGGUAUGAUCUCAUGGCUUAAAGGCCACAAAAGGCACUGUCGAUUCCGAGAUUGCACCUGUGCUAAAUGCAACCUAAUUGCAGAACGUCAACGUAUUAUGGCUGCACAGGUUGCCCUUAAAAGACAACAAGCGGCCGAAGACGCCAUUGCAAUAGGUCUUCGAGCAGUGGCUACUGGAGCACCAGUGAACACUUAUCUACCUCCCGGUCCUAUAUUUGGAAUACAAGUGACAGAACCUCUUAGAGACAGUUCCGACAAUUUAUUAAAAACAGAUAAUACUAAUACCAACAGUGAAUCCGGAGAUUUUGAUGCAAACGAUAGUCAAAGCUCUUCAGAUGACAUCAAUAGCAAUGAUAACAUCAACUCAAGACAUGUUGACAUUGAUAUAACAGUAAACUCUCAUUCAUCACAACACCAGAACAUUGAUGAACAACAGCUAAAAAGUGAUGAAACAAAAGGCCAAAUGACGCCUACUAUAGGACAGACAUUUAGUACUGUAAUACCUCAACAAUCGGUUAUAACUGAUAGUAAACCAUCGGAACAGUCGGUAGAUAAUACAAAUACCGACUCAUUGACAGUCAACCAUCAGUCGGAUAUCAAACAAAUACAAAAUAAAAUACUCAAAAACAAUACAACUAAAUAUGCUAUUCGACGACACGCCAUACCUUCACCUCCAAUCCCAACUACCGGUGCGAUGACACCCGAAUUCGGUAAUAAUAUUCCGGCUGACUUCAGACCGGGAAGACUCAGUUCGCUGGACGUAAUCGCUCGCAUAUUUCCAAAUCAGAAGCGAUCGGUACUUGAUUUAGUACUUCAAGGCUGUAAUGGCGAUGUUGUCAAAGCCAUUGAGCACUUCCUUUCGAUAAACGAUGCGAUGAUUUUGCAUUCAAACCAUCCAAAUAGUGGUCACAAUUAUUCGUCAGCAUUUGCCGAAAGUCAGCAAAGACGACGUGAAUUAGAGACUAAUAUAAGUCCUAUUUUAGGCUCAAUUAAGUCAGCCUUUACGCCAUUAAAUUCUGGUAUCAGUUUAUCGGCAACUUCGCCAUUGUUUGCAUCGACACGAAACCCAUCACUGGGUCCGCCACCUCCACCCAUAUUUUCCAAUAUGUUUUCACACUCACCUUCAACUCCAUACCACCGAGACUUCGGUACUUCCCCGUCGAUCGCGCCCUACCCUAAUGCGGCUGCAAUACAUUAUUUGUUUCAUCCAAACAAUGCGUUUUCCAGUGGGCCGACCACCGGUGUCUGUCCAUCUGGAUGUACGCAAUGCACUAAUUCGGUGAGCAAUGCGGCCGCAGUUAUGUUGCAAAGUGGUCGCGGGGCUGACAGUCCAAACUCUGUGUCGGCAUUUAAAGAGGUUCGCACACAAGUAUCGCACGAAACAGCUGUAGACCUGUCGACUGAAGCCAGUUCUUGGAGGAGCAGUCCUUCCAGCAGAGGAAUAAGUUGUUUUUCUACAAAUGUGCAGAAUUUCAAUAUUAUUGUAGAGUUUUUUUCAUAUAUUGUAAACCAUUAA